AUGAACUCCGAGACUCCCCAGCAGCCCAGCCCGACCAACACCACCCGCCGCCGAAGCUCCGGCUUUAUGCCAGCCUUCGCGAGCCUACAAGAGCAGAAACGCGGUUCUGAUGCCCUCGCCGCCCGCCGUGCCAGCAUGUCUGACCAGGAACAGAAGGGCGGCAUCUUCAGCCAGUUCUUCCACAACACUUUUGGCAAGAACGCUGGCAAAUAA